AUGGUUAAAGCUUUGCACGAGGAGGUCCGAGCCAAUAUAGAGCGAAGGAACGAGCAGUAUGCCCGCUUCCUCAACCGAGGACGGAAACCGAUGUUGUUCAAGCCUGGUGAUUGGGUCUGGUUCAAGGACAAGCUCAGCCCGCGAGGAGAUGGCCCAUUCCGAGUCAUCGAGAAGAUCAACGACAACGCCUACCGACUCGAGCUUCCAGUAACGAUCGUCUUCAUAUUCCUAGCAUCGACAAACAUCCAAAAAACAGCAGCCGGUCCACCAUCCUACUCCCAAAACCACAAAACGUUCGUGAAAACGGCUUGCAACUCGACAACAUCCCCUGACAAAUGCUACAAGUCUUUAUCCUCAUACUCCACCACCAUCAAAUCCGACCCUAUCAAGCUAUGCAUCACCGCGCUUAACCUCAACGUGAAAUCCGCAAAGGAAGCGACUUCCGUAGUCUCUAAGCUUCUCAAAAAGUCUCAGAAAUCCACCGCGGGACGAAAGAAUAAAAUGUUACCAGAGUCACUUAUUCUCAAGGAUUGCCUCGAGGAGAUGAAAGACACAAUUAUUGAGCUCAAGCAAGCGAUCACAGAGAUGAAGAAUCUAGAAGACGGUGAUUCGGUGGCUGAGCAUAUCACGAACGUUAGGACUUGGGUGAGCUCGGCGUUGACCGACGAAGGGACUUGCACGGACGGGUUCGAGGAGGUGAAAGUGAAUAAAGAAACAACGAAGAAGGUUAAGAAGGUUGUUGAGGAACUUGCAAUGACGACGAGUAAUACCUUGGCGCUUAUUACGAAUCUACGUUACUAGCUAACGAUUUAUCUUUCUUUUAAGGUGAUGAAAGUUAUUGUUGAUGAUUUUCAAAAAAAAAAGAAAGUUAUUGUUGAUGAAUUAUUAAUUACUACUCCUUCAUGUGCAUGUGCAUGUUUUCUUUUUUCUUCACGUCAAAAUUGAUGCGACGAAGUUAUUGUAUCUACUAUAUUAUAUUGUAUCAUGUUAGAGUUAAUUUAAUUAA